GCGAACGAAGAGGAAGCAACGCAGCUCCGCCACUCGUCCUCCGCUCGCACGCGUCCCUUCAGUGUGCGGCGCGCGACUGGUCUUCCGCAGCCAAAACACAGCAGCCGUGGGCGUCGCGUCUCAGCUGUUACGCACCUCUCAGCGAACAAUCUUGUGACAUUUUACCGUGUGUUUUUUUAAGAACAGAGUGACUGUUACAGGCAAGCAGCUGUUCCGCGUGUGUUUCUUCGAGACUUUGGCACAGUGCUGGCAGAUUGGACUCGUUCACUACUUCCUUACUGUACACGAGGCAACUAUUUGUGUCGCGGCCUCUCAUACAGUAGCGAUCUCCGCUCUGGUGCUGUACUGCUGCUACUUCGCUGGCUGAGUCAAUUAACUGGGGACACGCGAGCCAGCGCUCCAUUCACGCCGGCGACCAAUUGGUGACUCAUACGGCUCGCAGCUCACGCUGAAUCACCAGUACUCGGCGCUCGAGUGGCAGUUCAGAGGAUCCGCGAGAUUUUCCCUGGAGCAAGAAACGGGACCAGCUCUCUGUGCCGGAGACGGAUGUGGCUGUAGGGGCUCGGCAGCCAUGGUGAAGGUGGAAGGACCGCUACCGCUGCCCGUCAUGGCCCGAACGCCGCUAAAGUCGUCUUUCAGCAUCAGUUCCAUCCUCCCAGAGACGGCAGCGUCGCCGUGUGGUCGACCGUGCAGCCCUCGCCUCGCUCUGACGCCCGAUCUCUCGGCUUCGGACUCGGAGUGCAGUAGCGACUUGGACGUGACAGGCGGUGCGACUCCGCCGCCCCUCGACUGCAGCCGCCAACACGCUCCCGCCGCCCCCAGUCCGCCCCCGGCGGCAAGUGACAAGGAGGGCGACGCCGGCAAGGAAGCGAACAAGGACGCAGCGGCGGAGACGGGCAAGCAGACGGAGGAGAAGAAGAAGAACGAGAAGCCGCCGUACAGCUACAACGCGCUCAUCAUGAUGGCCAUCCGGCAGAGCCCCGAGAAGCGGCUCACGCUCAACGGCAUCUACGAGUUCAUCAUGAAGAACUUCCCGUACUACCGCGAGAACAAGCAGGGCUGGCAGAACUCGAUCCGGCACAACCUGAGCCUCAACAAGUGCUUCGUAAAGGUGCCGCGUCACUACGACGAUCCGGGCAAGGGCAACUACUGGAUGCUCGACCCGUCCAGCGAGGACGUCUUCAUCGGCGGCACGACGGGCAAGCUACGCCGGCGAUCGACGGCCGCGUCGCGGUCGCGACUCGCCGCCUUCAAGCGCACCGUCGUGCUGGGGGCGGCGGCGGCAGCGGGGCUCUACUCGGGGGCGGCCGCCGCGUCGCCGUACGCCGCCGCAGCCGGGGGCGGACCCGCGUCGCCGUGGGCGCUGUCGCCCGCCGCCCUGUACUGCGGCCCCGCGGCGGCGCUCUACCACCGCUACCCCUACCCGUACGCCGGGGCAGGCUUGCUGGUGCCGGCCGCCGCCGCCGCGGCCGCCGCCGCCGCCGCCUCCUCCGCCUCCGCGUCGCCGGCGACGACGCUGGCCAAGCCGACGCCGCUGCAAGCGUCCGCCUUCAGCGUGGAGCGGCUGCUGGCCGCCGACGGGCCCGCGGCGCCGCCCCCGCACGCGCCGCCCCCGCACGUGCCGCCCCCGCACGUGGCGGCGCCGCCGCUGCGCUACGCCGCCGCCGCCGCCUACCACGACUUCUACGCGACGCUGCGCUCCCUGGCGGCGCCGUCGCUGCUGCACCACCCGCACCCGCAGGCGCCGGUGCCGCCGCCUCCGCAUCCGCCCCCGCAGCCCGUCUGUUCGGCCGCCUCCAGCCCGGAGCCGCGGCCCGCGCCCAUCUACAAGCCCGUCACCGUGCUCGCCUCCAGGCACAGCUAGGUACAGCCGUGAUACUCCUAACAUUUUUGUUACGUUAUUUAUUGACUUUCGUUUACCACCGCUAUGUUACAAACUUUGUCAUAUUAUUACGACUCCCUUUUUUGCAAGAGCGGAAAUAUGCCUCUGUAAUAGCUUACCUAGAAUAUAAUUAAUUUUAAGGAUGUGAGGUAGCGGUUCUCAUAUUUUACAGUAAUAAUUAAUAGCAGUCAUCUGUCUUCUGUCUCACUCACGACACGAUUCUUGAGACAGUACUCUCCUCAGGUUGUCGAAGUUAGCUGCUGAUAGCAAUAGCGGUCGAAACGCCGUAAGUUUUAGAUGUUAACAAUGUGGUCACAGCCCCAGAAGAAUUUUAUUGACUGUGACAAUGGUCGCGGAACCCUACGCUUACAAUCAGCUCACGAUGUUCAAACACUAAAAACGUCGCAAACGUGUUUUAGUGUUUUAACGUCAUCAGCUAAGUCUGAUAACCUGAUGAUUGUCACAGAUAACGCGUUGUUGAGUCGUGUGUAGGUCAGAAAACAGUUGAAUGCUAUCAGUCACAACUGAUAGCUUGACUUGCCACACAAGGUCGUGCAGUACGUCUGCGACCCUUGUACGAUUAGCUUAUCUGAUCACUCUCUGAACACUGCUUCAGCUUAUUAAAUAACUUUAUUGUGUAUUUCUGUUUGCGGAGUUUUUUUUUUUUUUUUUUUUUUUUUUGACUGUUUGAUGAUGGGUUGUGCCCGAAACGCGUCUGUAAAGUUUUUUGUAACAAGUGAAUUCUUCAAUUUUGUUUCCAUCUGGAAUUGCUUGCUACACGAUCGUUUUAAAUAAUAUCGGACGUAGGAGGUCGCCCACGUUUAAUCUGUUUACUGCAGAUCGAUUUCAGCUGCUGCUCUUGUUAUGUGUGACGGCAACGUCGUACCAUGCCCGAUUUUAUUUAGAAUGAGUCAUCAUGACUCGCAUACAAUUAUACUAAACACAGAUACACAGUGGCCGAAAUAUGUUUGCAUUAAACAGAUAAAAAAAUUACGACCGAUGGAGCCCUUCCUCCUACCUUGGAUGACUGAAUUAUUGUUAUUUAGCGACAUGAAGCAGCAUCAGAGCGUACUCAGUUAAGCGUCUAUAACGGUCAUCGAUCUAACGACAGCCUCUCACCUACUACUGACGGUUGUCAUUCAUAUUUCAACUUCAUAGAUAAACUCAGAAAAAAAUAUUUACUCAAUUUUGUUAUGACAACCAACUGGUGCUGUUUGACUUUUAACUUGGAUAACAUCCCGAAUGCUGGGACUCUAUAAUUGUCCAUCUCUCUUAUGAAAAUAUAAUCAUUAUAAACCUCAAGAUGAGUCCACACUGACAUGAAAGAAAUAGUUGUGACAAAAGCACCGUCAUACAGCCAUGCGGCUUUUGGAAAUACCUCAUAAUUCUUCACUUUUCAUGAUAAUUUAAAUGGUUACUGAGUGCUAACAGUUUUUAUAUUUUUUCCCCACAAUGUCCGUGAGCUGUGGUUGCCCUCCGCAGAAAGUUGUUUGUAUCUCUAAAAAUGUAACAGUGAAUCCUUCAUAAAUGUGACUACAGUAGCAAACAAUUCUAUGUAUUUGUCUUAGCGAUGCAGUGUCAGGUCACACAAAUGGUACCAUUUUCGGUAUCGUCAGAUCUCUCAUGUUAGCCCUACUUGCUAUACUUGGCCAAACAAUGCGUUGGAAAAAAUAUCCGCUUCCACUCUUUUCAUAGUGGUUUUACGACGUGCACAUUUAGAAGUAUCAAUUUCAUCAUCAGGACUUCAGUUGUUAUGCAACUGACUUCAGUGUCAUGUCAACAUGCCAGAAUUUUGGUGAUUUAUUUCGUAUACCACUAUGUAGUAGAGGUCAGAUGUUGAGGAUGCACACUGUCAGUUUUGAAAACUACGACUACGAAAUAUAUAUAGACAUAGUAAAAAUGCUAUGAAAAGAUAGUGUUCUUAACUUUCCCAUCAUCAGCUGAUCUAACUAGGCUACGCCAAAUAGUAAACCAUCAAUUAAAUAGGCCCGGACAGGCUCUCACAUUGUGAGCUAUUAGAGAGCAGAUGUGUUCACAGUGUGUGCCCCCCUCAGGACUAGCUACUACGUAAAGUAUUAAAAUCACCUGAAGAUGACUUGGUAAUGAAUAGAAACCUGUGAUGAUACCAUUUGUAUGCCUGGUCUGUGUAAUAGUAUACAUGUUGCUUUUAAUGGACAGCGAUUGGUUGACAUUAUAAUUUACACUAUUACUUAAAGUGCUUCACGUUUUGUUAGAGGCCUCCCAUUAUCAGGUGUCUACAUUUACGUAUAUUUUUAAGUUGUAUGCCCAUAUUUGUUGACUGUUGGUGCCAUAGGGACCAGUAUUGGGAACAAAUCAGCUCAAUAGUCGACGCAGUAUUUAACAGUAAGAAUUAUUCACAGUGUUCUUGUAUUGGAAUCCUGAAGAUAUUCCGAAACGCUUUGCGUAAUAAGUAAUUCUUAAAAUUAUAUCGUGAUAUUGUUCCUAUGUAAUAGUAUGAUAUCAUACUUUAAGAUACUCUUGUUCCUAAAAUUUUGCCGCUUCUGAAGCGUGCAGUAAAAUCCGUUUCAUAAGAAAGUUUCAGCUCCACGCUGUAAAACCAUUAGUUAUUUCAUCCACGACAAUCAGGUGGUUCUGUUUGACAGACGUUUAUGUGUUAAGUCCUCCUCUUGUAAAUAUUCUACUUGACUGUUUGUGCUUAUUUCCCUAUCCAGUAAACUCACUGUCUUUCGUUACGUCAUGAAAUAGACGUUUGCGGAAGACAGGAUAUUUCCCAUUGUCAUAUUUAGCAGUUCAUUUGUGCUUCUCAUGCAGAGAAGCGAAUAAGCUGAACUACGCCAUAUAUUUAUUAGCAUGAACAGUCAUUCACUCCUCCCAAAAUUCUAGAUAACUCUUUUUUACAGUGUGUUUCGUUUUUGCUUUUUUUGUCCCUCUUAAGACGAGAGCGCAUAGUGGAGGUCAUUGUUUCAUUACAUAUCUGUUGAUAAUGUAGCUGUAACAGUCUGUGGUAGUUACGCGUCUCAUCAGGGAUGCAGACGACAUUAAAUACGUGUUUUUCACAAAAUUAAUCUUAAUUCUUGAUCUGGUCCCACUCCGGCUUAUCUACGAAGAGUUGUCUUACUUUAAACAUUCAACUCUAGAUCGUUGCUAUCACUAAAUAAAACGACAUGACAUAAAUAAUAUUUGGUUUGUGUCUCAUCGAGACUUCGAUAAUGUCCGCCUAUUUAUCGUUUUACUUGUAAAAGCACUGAAAGUAUCUUAUUAACUACUGUUAAACAUCAUGUAAGGGAAAAUAUCUAUCACCUACGGCAAUGUAAAACAUGAUUCUGAGAAGGAAAUUCAUGAAUUUCUCUGUGUUAACUUUUAUUUUUUUUUUUUUUUUUUGCUUUCAAUUUGAUGUAAUGUAUUUUUAACAAUUUGUGAAAAGGUCUUGUGUGAUAUGUACAGUCAUGCUACACGAUAACUAUGACCAAAUAUUUUACCGUAAUUAAAAUGUUUAUUUUUCCUGGAACUGUUUCAUUUACGUUUUUGUUCGUGAACAUUGUUUAAUGCAAUUUUCGCUCUUGCAAACGUGUGUGUCUAGUGUCAUUCUUGUUGUACAAAAAACUUUUCAUGUAUAUUUGUGUAUUUAAUUAGCGUAUAUUGUAUAUAUGAUUGUUUCGACGGCAGAUAAUAAAUUAAGCACAUAGGCCUGUCAAAUAUUUACACACAGGUCGGCUAUGUAGAUGAAAUGAAACGUAUUAUUUUUAUUCCUAAAAAUAAACUUUAUG